AUGGAGAAAUUAGAGGAACUCCAAACGACCGUACACCUCCAAAGUGAUCGCAUUUCUCAGUUAGAGGUGCAGAACCGGAACUUGGAAAAACUUAUAGCCAUCGAUCUCCACAGCAACGAAAACAAGCAAGACGAACGGAUUUCCACUCUAGAAAAGCAGUACUUGCGUUUAGAUGAAAUUUUGUUAAAACAUCCGAAGGACGUUUUAGCUGAGAAAAUAUUGAAGAGGACCACAAAGAAAAAGAUUUCCAUGUUUCUGAGUAGACAGUAUGUCCAAGAAAAACUAUACAGGGGACUAAAAACUCGAGUGCAAAAUGUUAUACAUUUCCUGAGGGAAAAGUCCUCCUUCCCUAAUGCCGUCAUCAAACACAAAGACAGUUUGAUAAGAAAAGGUUCGACAUAUCUAAACUCAGGUAAUACUAUUGAUGGCAGUGUUACUGGUACUGUUGUGGUCCAUGUCGUCCAGGGAGACGAUGUGCUUCUGAGAACUGGUGGAACAUACAACGGUGGAAAUAUUAUAA